AUGAUUAAAAUCAUUACUCCUUAAGAUAGAAGAUAUUUUGCAUAACCAAAACAAGAUUAAGUAGUUAUGAGGUGUGAUCCCUUAGCUAUUGUACUCUUUAAGGAAUUUAGAGCGAAUCAUUGUAAUUAUUGUUUAUAGGGAUCAUAAACAAAUCGUUGUUCAAUUUGCAAAUAAUAUUAUUAUUGUUCUGUUUCUUGUCAAAAGAAUGAUUGGAAAUAACAUAAAAAUGAAUGUCAAUUAUUGAGUAAAAUUACUAAGGAAAUGCCAUGUAAUAUUUUAAUACUCAUCAGAUUAUUUCAGAAUAAUAUCGACAUCUAGAAUUUUUAUGGGGAUGUGGACAAAGACAUUGAUUAAGAAACCUAUUAACAAGUUUUUGAUUGUGCUGCUUAUAUUGUGAAGAUAGCUUAAUUAGAAAAUGAAACUUUUGCGAAAUUGUUGUCAAUACAAGUAAAAAUUCAUCUAAAUACAUUUACUGUAACUGACAUCAAUGGUGACACCUUAGGAAUUGCAAUAUAUACUCCUGCUAAUUUUUUAAAUCAUAAAUGCAUCAAAACAUCAGCUAAUUAAAAAAAUGUGGCUAAUUGCUCUCAUUUUUUUAAUCAAAGAUAAUUAAUAAUAACAACUAAUAAUUCUUUUGUUUAAAAUGAAAAUGAUCCAUAGGAGCUCUGUAUUAGUUAUGGAAAUAUUGUUAAUUUUAAAGAUAGAUAAAAGUUUUUAAAAGCAUAAUAUGGAUUUAUUUGUGAUUGUGAUAGGUGUAUAUAAGAAUAAACAAAUAGUGAAGAAGAAUCGGAUUUAUUGAAUAUUAAAUAAUAGGAAUAUCUAACCCUAUUGAAUUAAUAAAAAUUCAAAAAAGCAUUCACUUUACUAGAGGAGAUUAUCGCUCUGAUGCCUAAGUAUUAUGAUAAUGAUAGACAUCCCUAUUUAGGAUGGAAAAUGAAUGAAGCAUCAAAAUUGGGAUUUCACUUGAACUAUCUUCUAAAAGCUGAAAAUUACAGUAUUCAGGCUAUUAAAUUAUUGGAACCCUUUUAUAGUGAAAAUGAAUAAUAUAAAGAAUUAUUGGGUAGAUUGAAAGAUAUCAAGGCUGAAAUCAAGAUGUAGAAAUGA